AUGGCAGACGAUCGAGUCAAGGAUAUCGUGGAGCGCUUCCUGCGAGGAGUGCGGUGGACUCGAUACCUCUACGCCUGCAAUAAUCACAACCUCCACGUCGUGCGCCCGAGCUACGGUAGCACCACAUGGACUCACGUGGGGAACCUGUACGAGAUCAUGUCGCUGGUCAACCGUCGGGCGAUGUUGCAGGAAAUCAUCGACCUGCAACCAGGUCCAUACGGGUCUGAAAUCAAGCGAGCGGAAGCCAUCCUCAUGCGUGGCGUGCUCGAGGGUGAAAUCGAAGCCGAAGUCCAGCGGGAGAUCUUGUUGAAGCGGCGGGACGAUGGGGAUAGUAGCGACCUGGCGGGGGAAGGGGGAGGCCCAAGUAGCGAGUCGGACGGCGGUGGGAGAAGGCCCAGGGCCCAACCAGUGCAAGGGAGCUCGAGCGUCGCGAUCUCCAGCGGCAGGCCCACUAACCCGACCACGGAAGUGAUUGUCUAUGUCUACGUGCCGGGUCGUCACCAGCCUCUGGUGAUCGUGGCGAAUGGCACACCGCGAAACAAGCUGAUCGAGUUCACCUUCAGUCAACCGAAGGUGAACGACGCCCUUGGAAUCAACGGGGCGAGCCGGCAGAAGCCGACGUACAAGUUCUGGACCAGAUCGAUCAGCGACUGGUCUGACUUCCCCAAAGCCCACCACCCCCUAUUCCUCGCGCCCGGGGAGCGUGUUCUGUACCGCGACCUCUACGUGGAGAACACCCCGAACCUCGCCAACUACAUCGCCCAACUCCUGCCUUGCGACCGCGAGCGUGCAGCCCGGCCUCUGCUGGCGCAACCGCCUGUCCCCGGCCUGCCCCCGCCCCCGGAGCCGAUGAAAGGUGGACGCAGCGCUGUGUCGCGGGCGAACGAGCUUGAAGCGGGACCGAUUGAGAGGGAGAGCUUCCCGACCAUGCUGUCGGAGGCCGAGAUGGAGGACAUCGGGCGGGCGAUGGAGGAGGCAGAGGCAAGUUCGGUGGCCAAGGGUAAAAAACGGGCGGCCGCGAGUAGGGAUGGUGAGCGGAAACAGCGGCGCAAGACGGGAGGUGAGGGUGGGGUUAUAGACCUGACGUUGGACGAUGCGACAACGGCGCGGUCGGCGAAGAGAUCGGGGCCGCUCAUCGACCUGACGCUUGACGAGAAAGACAGCGGCGGUCCGUCGAAGAAGGGGAAAUCGGGAGCAUCGAGGUCUAAGGCAUUGCCCGCCGAUGCGGACGUGAUAGAACUCUCGGACUGA